UGCGCCAAACCAUUGCUCGGAAGCCUUUGUUGCGCUUGUUGCGCUGUCGCAACGUUGAACAUGAUGGGUAAGCAAGGCUUUCGCCUCUGCUGUGUCAGCAAGGAUUGUACAGUGUGCGGAAACCUGGUACAAUAGGGCAAGUAACGGGCUUUGCCACUUUAGAUGGCGCUACAUACUUAUUAUUAUAGUACAAUAGAUCUGCGCUCAGCCAACACAAGUCACUUCUACUACUAGAAGUCAUACUUCUUUCAAAUUUGUCAUGGACGCUGUUGAAAAAGCUAACACAGCGAGACAAAAGCGAUGGGUGAAAGACCGGAAAGUCGGCGAAGGUACAUACGCUGUCGUGUACCAAGGCCGAGAGGCAUCAACGAGCCGCAAAGUCGCCAUCAAGAAGAUAAAAGUCGGACAAUUCAAAGAUGGGCUCGACAUGUCUGCUAUUCGAGAGGUCAAAUAUCUACGAGAGCUUCACCACCAGAAUGUUAUCGAGCUUUUGGACGUCUUCUCUUCAAAAACGAAUCUUAACCUCGUGCUGGAAUUCUUGGAUAGCGACCUUGAGAUGAUAAUCCAGGACCGGUCGCUCGUCUUCCUUCCUGCCGAUAUCAAAGCAUGGAUGGCGAUGACCUUGCGUGGGCUGGAAUUUUGCCAUAGAAAUUUCAUGCUUCACCGAGAUCUAAAGCCCAACAACUUACUCAUUGCAUCGGAUGGACAACUCAAAAUAGCUGAUUUUGGUCUAGCAAGAGAUUUCGCAGACCCGGGACAUAAAAUGACGUGUCAAGUCAUCACUCGAUGGUACCGACCACCAGAGCUGCUGUUUGGCUGUCGGUAUUAUAGCUCGGCGGUCGACAUAUGGUCCGUAGGUUGCAUAUUUGCAGAGCUCAUGUUGAGAACGCCGUACCUUCCCGGUGAGAGCGACAUGGACCAACUCAAAACCAUCUUCCGGGCACUCGGAACCCCCACAGAAGAGGACUGGCCGGGCCACACCAAACUGCCAGAUUAUGUGCCGGUUGGACAAUUCCCAAGAACGCCCCUUCGCGACCUCUUCACUGCCGCUUCUGGAGAUACGCUUAAUCUUCUUAGCAGGUUUCUCGUGUACGAACCUCGAAAGCGCAUAAGCGCGAGAGACGCUCUCAACCACGCAUACUUUUUCGCCCUGCCACAUCCGUCCCACCCCUCCAAGCUGCCUAAACCUGCUUCUCAAACAUCCCGCCCUCUCGAAGAACUCGAUGGUAACGUUGACAUGGCCGGCGCAGGGCCAGGCGUCAAAGCCGCUGCGCCCAACAAGCUCAAACGAAAAUUGACCUCCCCCGAUGGCACCGACCUGAGACCACUCGCUCGCAGAUUAGACUUCACUCAACAUGCGAAAAACUCGUGAUCGCUGUGUUGACCACCAAUGACUCCGCGCACCUUCAUUGGUCGUGUAUAUAGCGACUAGCCUUGCAAUGUAGGAAAUAAGGGAAUAUGUAUGAACUAAACUUGAACGUGGUAAUGGAUAAAAACAAACACGGUGGAAUGAAGUACAGGA